AGUCGGGGGCGAGCUGCCCGUGUCUACGCCAGUAAAAAAUUUCCCAAUUCCAAACGCCUUUUCCUCGUCGCUGAAACUCUGUUCUCCUUCAUCAUCUCCUUCCUCCUUCUUCUUCUUCCUUACAAUUGACUUGUACGGAUACCCUCUCCCCUCUUCCCCCUCCCCUCCCAACAAACCACACAGUCAAGAUGGCCUCCCGCAGCUUCUCCAAGGCGCUUCGUUCGCCAAUGGCCCGCCAAUUGGCGGCCAAGCCUGCCACCCAGCAGCGCACCUUCGUUGCUGCCCGCAGCCUCGUCCGCGCCUCUGCCCAGGUCACCAAGGCCUUCGCCGCCCCUGCCCAGCAGCAGGCCCGUGGUGUUAAGACAAUGGACUUUGCCGGUCACAAGGAGGACGUCUACGAGCGUGCCGACUGGCCUCAGGAGAAGCUCUUGGAGUACUUCAAGGACGACACCCUUGCCCUCAUCGGCUACGGCUCUCAGGGUCACGGCCAGGGUCUCAACCUCCGUGACAACGGCCUCAACGUCAUCGUUGGUGUCCGCAAGAACGGCCAGUCCUGGAAGGACGCCCAGCAGGACGGCUGGGUCGAGGGCAAGAACCUCUUCGACGUUGAUGAGGCCAUCUCCCGCGGCACCAUCGUCAUGAACCUCCUCUCCGACGCCGCUCAGAGCGAGACCUGGCCCGCCAUCAAGCCCCAGCUCGUUAAGGGCAAGACCCUUUACUUCUCCCAUGGCUUCUCUCCCGUCUUCAAGGACGUCACCAAGGUCGACGUCCCCACGGACAUCGACGUCAUCCUCGUCGCUCCCAAGGGCUCUGGCCGCACCGUCCGCUCCCUCUUCCGUGAGGGUCGUGGUAUCAACUCUUCCUUCGCCGUCUUCCAGGACGUCACCGGCAAGGCCAAGGAGAAGGCCCAGGCCCUCGGUGUCGCCAUCGGCUCCGGCUACCUCUACGAGACCACCUUUGAGAAGGAGGUCUACUCUGACCUCUACGGUGAGCGUGGCUGCCUCAUGGGCGGUAUCCACGGCAUGUUCCUCGCUCAGUACGAGGUCCUCCGUGAGCGCGGCCACUCCCCCAGCGAGGCCUUCAACGAGACCGUCGAGGAGGCCACUCAGUCUCUGUACCCCUUGAUCGGUGCCAACGGCAUGGACUGGAUGUACGAGGCCUGCUCCACCACCGCCCGCCGCGGUGCCAUCGACUGGACCCCCAAGUUCAAGGACGCCCUGAAGCCCGUCUUCAACAGUCUCUACGACGCCGUCAAGGAUGGCUCCGAGACCAAGCGCUCCCUCGAGUACAACGGCCAGAAGGACUACCGCCAGAAGUUCGAGGCUGAGAUGGAGGAGAUCCGCAACCUGGAGAUCUGGAGAGCCGGCAGAGCCGUCCGCUCUCUGCGUCCCGAGAACCAGAAGUAAACGGUCCGGUGUUUCUUUGCUUUGGGAGAAGAUGACGGGGAAAAAAAAACAUCUCCUCGGAAUUGGCCAUUUUUUUCUAACCAACGCUUCCGGGGGAUUGGGGGGGUUUAACUUUUGUACUCUAUAACGACCGGAUUCGAGGGGAUCUGGACCUGGUUCAAAAGUUUGCAUCUUGACUUUUGGGAUCCUUCAAAUACCAUUUCUUUUGCUGUCCAUGAACAAACACAACAAAACAUUACCACAUCGCUGCUGUCCCAAAGUGAUUUUUUCAAGAAUUGCUCUUCUUC